AACUUUACCCCACCUCGUCCUCCACCCUCCAGUGCAGUGAAAGUCUCAGAGAGGGAACAACACAACAAUCUUUGCAGCUAGCUCUGCUGGUCCUAGGAGUGUGUUUGAUUGAGGUCUUAAGUUGUUGAACUAAGCAAUGCUGAGGGGCAGCAAAUAUCUAAGACUGGUGAGACUGAGGUGUGGAGGAGGGAGACCACUGACGGCCGGACUGUGUGGUGAUCACCAUGGCAAACACAGGCUAUUGCACACCACCAGAACAAGCAGAGAUGACACUGUAGGGGGUGAUGAGAGAGCCAAGCCGAAGGUUCCACUGGACCAGGAGUGGGCGGCUCUAGCCAGGAAGAUGCUCAAGGGGGCUGACCCGGAGGAGAGGCUCACCUGGAGAACCCCCGAGGGAUUUGACCUGAAGCCACUGUACACUGCCGAGGAUACGGCGGGUCAUGAGAAAGAGUUACCCGGGAAGUACCCGUUCACCAGAGGGCCCUACGCCACCAUGUACACUCAGAGGCCCUGGACUAUUAGACAGUACGCAGGAUUCAGUACAGUUGAGGAGAGCAACAAGUUCUACAAGGCCAACAUAGCAGCCGGUCAGCAAGGGUUGAGUGUGGCCUUUGACCUUCCCACUCACAGGGGGUACGAUUCUGAUAACCCCCUCGCUGUGGGGGACGUGGGAAUGGCAGGGGUCGCUGUGGACUCAGUGGAGGAUAUGAAGAUACUGUUUGAUGGAAUACCUCUCAACAAGAUGUCUGUGUCCAUGACAAUGAACGGAGCAGUACUCCCGGUACUAGCCAUGUACAUAGUGGCAGCUGAAGAACAAGGAGUCAAGCUGGAGGAGCUUCAGGGGACUAUCCAGAACGACAUCUUGAAGGAGUUCAUGGUCCGCAACACGUACAUCUACCCACCAGAGUUCUCCAUGAAGAUCAUCGGAGAUAUCUUCACCUUCACAUCACAGCACAUGCCUCAGUACAAUUCCAUCUCCAUCUCUGGCUACCACAUCAUGGAGGCUGGUGCUGACCCUGUGCUAGAGUUAGCCUUCACUGUGGCUGAUGGGCUAGAGUACUGCAGGACAGGUGUGAGUGCUGGCAUAGACAUUGACUCAUUUGCGCCUCGUCUCUCAUUCUUCUGGGGCAUUGGUAUGACCUUCUACACUGAGAUAGCCAAGAUGAGGGCAGCCAGGAGACUCUGGGCUCACCUCAUGAAGGAGAAGAUGGGAGCAAAGAACCCAAAGUCUAUGAUCCUGCGAUGUCACAGUCAGACCUCUGGAUGGUCUCUCACUGCUCAGGACCCCUACAACAAUAUAAUGCGUACGUGUAUUGAAGCAAUGGCAGCUGUGUUUGGAGGCACUCAGUCGCUACACACUAACUCGUUUGACGAGGCCCUCGCUCUGCCCACUCCCUUCUCAGCUCGUAUUGCCAGGAACACCCAGAUCAUACUUCAGGAGGAGACGGGGAUCACCAAGAUAGGUGAUCCUUGGGGAGGGUCUUAUCUGAUGGAGGCCCUCACUGAUCAGGUGUACGAGUCAGCACUCAAGAUCAUCAAUGAGAUUGAGGACAUGGGUGGUAUGGCUAAAGCUGUUGCCUCAGGCAUGCCCAAGCUGAGGAUAGAAGAGUCAGCUGCUAGGAGACAGGCUCGGAUUGACUCGAAAACGGACACGAUAGUUGGUGUGAACAAGUACACUCUGGACAAGGAGGAGCCAUUGGAGGUGCUCUCCAUCGACAACGCUAAGACCAUUGAAUCACAGAAACGUAAACUGGAGACCCUCCGCUCCACCAGAGACCAAUCAGCUGUCAGCUCUGCCCUAACCGCCCUCACUCAAGCUGCUGAGAGUGGGGACGGCAAUCUCCUUCACUUGUCCAUUCAGGCAUCACGUGCUCGCUGUACCGUGGGGGAGAUAUCAGAUGCUCUGGAGAAGGUUCAUGGUCGCCAUGUUGCUGUGCCGAGGAUGGUCAGUGGAGCGUACGUGUCCGAGUAUGGACAAGCAGAGGAAGUGGACAAAGCUAUGAGGAGAGUGGAGGCGUUUGAGGUUAGAGAGGGGCGUCGUCCUCGUAUCCUGGUAGCCAAAGUGGGGGAGGAUGGUCAUGACAGAGGAUACAAGGUCAUCGCCACAGGGUUCACUGACCUGGGGUUCGAUGUGGACAUUGGACCACUCUUCACGACCCCCGCCCAGGUGGCCCAACAGGCAGUGGAUGCUGACGUCCAUGUGGUGGGUAUCAGCUCCCUCGCUGGAGGUCACAAAGUCCUCGUCCCCAAGGUAAUUGAGGAGCUGGGGUCCCUGGGUCGCCCUAACAUCCUGGUGGUGUGCGGGGGAGUUAUCCCUCCCCAAGACUACGCUGCUCUCUACCAGUCUGGAGUGACGGCUAUCUACGGCCCUGGUACCAGCAUCCCUCUGGCUGCCUAUGACCUGCUUGAUGUUAUUGAGAGUGCUCUUGACAAUGGUGGCAGUGGGGGAGGAGGGAACGAUAGACAGAAACUGUGAACAUGACUCCGUAUAUAGUUAAUGUUCAUACUUAUGUGACAUUAUAAUUUAUUUCUGUUUGUUUCAUUCAGUAUUAUUUUAAUUAUGAUCAACUUAUAUAAUCACGAUUGCUCAUGAUUGCAUUAUCAUGCGGAAACACUUCAGAGCUAUGAGAGAUCAAAUUUUA